CGCGGGAAAGAGACCAAUAUAAACUGUGGCGGGAUAGUUUUCGGGUCCUUGUCCAGUGAAACACCCUCGGCUGGGAAGUCAGUUCGUUCUCUCCUCUCCUCUCGUCUUGUUUGAACAUGGUGCGGACUAAAGCAGACAGCGUUCCAGGCACUUACAGAAAAGUGGUGGCUGCUCGAGCCCCCAGGAAGGUGCUUGGUUCUUCCACCUCUGCCACUAAUUCGACAUCAGUUUCAUCGAGGAAAGCUGAAAAUAAAUAUGCAGGAGGGAAUCCCGUUUGCGUGCGCCCAACUCCCAAGUGGCAAAAAGGAAUUGGAGAAUUCUUUAGGUUGUCCCCUAAAGAUUCUGAAAAAGAGAAUCAGAUUCCUGAAGAGGCAGGAAGCAGUGGCUUAGGAAGAGCAAAGAGAAAAGCAUGUCCUUUGCAACCUGAUCACACAAAUGAUGAAAAAGAAUAGAACUUUCUCAUUCAUCUUUGAAUAACGUCUCCUUGUUUACCCUGGUAUUCUAGAAUGUAAUGUGUUUGUUCCAAUUAGCUUUGUUGAAAAGGCAUUUAAUUAAAAAAUUUAGGUUUAAAUUUAGAUGUUCAAAAGUAGUUGUGAAAUUUGAGAAUUUGUAAGACUAAUUAUGGUAACUUAGCUUAGUAUUCAAUAUAAUGCAUUGUUUGGUUUGUUUUACCAAAUUAAGUGUCUUGUUCUUGCUAAAAUCAAGUCAUUGCAUUGUGUUCUAAUUACAAGUAUGUUGUAUUUGAGAUUUGCUUAGAUUGUUGUACUGCUGCCAUUUUUAUUGGUGUUUGAUUUUUGGAAUGGUGCCAUAUUGUCACUCCUUCUACUUGCUUUAAAAAGCAGAGUUAGAUUUUUGCACAUUAAAAAAAUUCAGUAUUAAUUAAA